GAAAACCAAAUGUAGUGCUGUGGCGCCGAGCCUUUCGCCAUUCACCGCUAAAAGACGACGCUGAGGCUGGGCGGUUUCUCGUGUGAGCUCCGCGUGAUUGUGCGUCGUCGUCUUUUCGUGCGACGUCGCUACGAGUCCCGCUGCCUCGCGAAAGCGGUCACACUCGCGUGGUGACUGUGACGUGGUGCUAGAAGGCGCCGGCCGAGCCUUGUUUACCGUCGUCGCGUCGCCGCCGCUAGCAACUCUCUCUGCGCGCUAUCAAUCGUCGCGCACACAAGGCUCGACGGUACUGCAGCGCUGUUCACCACUUGGGACCGACGUCUCCGCGACCACAGUGGGCACUCAGCAGGUGAUCCGAAAGAUCCUCGGGAGAUCAUCGUGAACGUCACGACAGUAGCAUCAUGAGCGGUUAUCAUCCCCCACCGCAGCAGAAGCAGGGAUAUCCGCAGGCUCCCAUGCCCGGUGCCAUGCCAGGCUCUGCGCCUGGGGCCAUGCCGUACGAUCCCCCACCGCCCUACUCACCCACUGCUCCAAACCCAUGCCACACUGCACAGCCCAUAGACCACCCAUCUCGGCUGUAUCCGGCUCCUGGCCAGCCGUACCCCUCACCAGCUCCAGGACAGUACCCAAUGGCCUCUUACCCACAGCAGCCAGGCCUACCACAGCAGGCUGUGUACCAUGUUCCGGAUGCCUUUGAUGCUGGGGCCCGCUUUACACAUAGCAAGCCUAGCAUUCCUCCCCCUCCCCCUGGAGUUCCUCCUAAUGCUGCUCAGCUGGCUGCCAUGCAAGGCAACCCCGUAGUCGUAGGUCAGAAGAAGAACAACUUCUGGACCACUGGUGCCGGAGGUGGCUACACUUUCUGGUAGACAUAAAAGAGCCUUUACCAAAGCUCCUGCUGCUCUGUCGACAGCUACAAGGCCUUUUGUUCUCGCUCUCACACGCACAAAAAAAAGGAGCGUUUUGUUUUGUGAGACUGUCGUGUCAUUGUUGACGAUGCUUGACGGAUGCUUCACUUAAUAUUCUUUACACCAGGGCCUAUAAAAAUGCUCUCCAGAUUGCUCUGUUGGAUUCUGUGGGCUGAGUGCCAAUAAUGUAGAAGUAGAAAGCUAUGCACCCAAGUGAAUUUUCAUGGGACAGCAUGUUUGCUUUGAAUGAACGUCAGCGUAGAGGAUUGUUGCAGCGUGGAGUCCAGAUUAUGUGAUAUUGGACUGGAUGAUGGGCAUUUUAAAGCAGAGGGAUGUACAGUCCAGUUCAUGCUCUGUUUUAGUUGAGGCGCCUGCCUAGGUUAGCUCAGCAGACAGUGGCAUUGUUUAACAGGCUCAACUGCUCUUUUUGUCCUGGGACUCUUUGAUGACCUCAGGGAAUAUUCAAGAGAGCGUCACACUACUGCAACUUUGCAAGUUGUCUUGUGUGGUGUCUUUCAAUUUUGCAACCUCUCAGUAUCACGAACAUUUUUUCACAGUUUACUUAUGACUUAAUGCUCUCGAUUUAGAGCAUCAAGUGGCAUCUCCUUGAAGACGAAAAAAAAGCCUGCAGCAUAAGUCAUAAAGUUGAGACAUCUCAUACUUCUGUCCCAUCAGUACGCAAAAACUCUUUUAAGGAAGCAGUCUUUCGCAAAGUUCACGUAAGAGCAUGUUCUACAUGUUGCAGCGUGUUGUAGUGAACUCAUUUGCUGCCAUGCAGUAAAAGACUGACUUCAUUGACAUCCUGCUCAGAUAGUCGAGUGACCCCAGACAUCACGAGUUCAAGGCCUGGCCACGGCAGCCACAUAGAGUUGCACCACUGAUAGAACUCGCCGCUCGCGCUCCCAUUCAACAUAUGCACAGCUGAAAAGUGUGACGCUAGCUUUGAAAACAACACCAGUCAAAAGGAAAUAGCCCACAUGUCUUUGUUAAACAGUCCAAGCAAUGUUGUUUGUAUCGAACUGUUAAUGCAGAUGCUCUCAAUAUUUGCAGGUUAAUAAAGAACUAUAUUGCAGCAAACUCAGUCCUCAAGCUUUGUUGUGAGCAACUUGGUAAUUAUUUGUUGGUUAAUGAAGUGUCCUUCUUUUGAGUAAAUGUAGGAUGGUAUUUAUCUGUUUUAUGUACUGCAUGGCACACCUGCAUGUCACUUCAUCAGCUUUCAAUACUAAACAACACAUUGUUGAGCCACCAUUUUCACAUUUUUUGCUUGUAGGCUCUGUAUAGUCACACUAUAGUGUUUAUAGUGAAAUGGAAAUAAACUUUGUGAAGAAUCAGCGUGUCUAAUAAAGUGUAGUGACUUAUUGAAAAGUGGUUCAAAGUAAAAACAAAACGGCCUAUACUACAUGGACAUUAGUACUUUAAGGACAACUCUGACAAUUUCUCGAUGUCCACUGAUCUCAAUAAUGUUUAUAGCUUGUCUUCACUUUAGCAUGCCGGUGGUCUGUGCCAAACAGUCCAACUGCAUGUUAGUUUUCCUAAAAAUAAAUUUUAAUGAUUGGGGCAGUGAGUUUCUAAGUCACGCAUUUGAAUGUAAGCCACCUAGUAUUUGUGACGUCAUGGGCUUCAAUGCUACAUCUCUAAUCAGGCGGCCAUAAGCAAAUGGCAGUCAUUCAACGCUCCAAUGGUCACUCAAGUUCUGUAAGCUGGCAUAGCUUGAUGAAUUGCCAGAUGUCAUUGUCCUUUUUUUCUGGUGCUAGCAUUAUGUGUACUUUGUUGAUAUUACAGCAGCACAGCUUCUGACAUUAUUCUAGACGUUGCACAAAGCAGCUAUUCAUUUUGGUUUUACUUGAAGACAAUGCUUUUUGUUUAUUUAAAGAUACGAGUUUCUAAGAAAGUUGAACCAUCGCACUUGCUUAAGGAUUAUCAGCACCAUUUCAAAAUGUUGGCAUCAUGAUUAAAUAACACGGGAGCUCCCUGUUAAACCUUUUAAGAAAUGUCUGAAGGCCAUGUCAAAAUUUAUUACACAUUUGUGUUGUUAGUUCUGCUAUCUCAUAGGAGUUCUUGCAGCUACUAUAAUUCAAAUUGUUUUAUGUUUUAUCAGAAACUCCAAGGCACAUUCGCCUUGGAGUUUCUCGUAGAGAAUGUAGAGGUCGCCUAUUGUGAUUUCUCUUGGCUCGCAUGCGACCUAGUGCUAGAAGAUGGAUUGGGAUUGCUUAGUUACUUAGCUUUAAGCACCAACACCUAACACUGGUGUACACUGUAGCUUCUACAUAGGGCAAUGGCAGGAAAUUCUGGCUUUUUUCUAGAAAAUGUUUGUAUGGGCUGUGGUGUUGCUGUACAGAAUUUAAAAAGCACUAAAUAUAAAAGCUGCAUUAAAGAUUAUUGUUCUAAUCACAUGUCU